AUGAAAUCAAAACGUAGGCGUUCUUUAGCUGAUGACACCUUUGACGUUUCAAAAAAUCAGAAUUUAACGAACAUUAGCAAUAAGCGCGUUAAUAAAAAACAAAGAAAAAAUUUUGAUUUGGAAUUUCAUGAUAUUGCACAACGAUUAAAAGGAUUUCGAAAAGAACUUCCAAUAUGGAGAGAACGAAAAAAAUUAGUACAGGCUGUCAAAGAAAAUGAGACUAUUGUUGUUAUGGGUGAAAUGGGCUGUGGAAAAAGUACCCAAAUACCGCAAUUCUUGUUGGAUGCUGGUUUUAUAUCGGAUGGUGCUAUCGCGUUAACACAACCAAGGAGAGUCGCUGCUAUAAGUUUGGCUAAGAGAGUUGCUAAUGAAGUUGGAACGAAGCUUGGUCAUCGUGUUGGUUAUUCUGUCAGAUUUGAUGAUACAUCAUCUCGCGCUACAGUUAUAAAAUAUCUCACCGAUGGCAUGCUUUUACGAGAAUUAUUAUCUGAUCCUCUGCUUUUGAAAUAUUGUGUAAUAAUUCUGGAUGAGGCACAUGAAAGAACAAUGCGUACUGAUAUUCUCUUUGGUAUGGUGAAAAGGGUUCAAGAUGCUAGAAAGAAUGAUAAAUCUUGUAGUCCGUUAAAAGUAAUUAUAAUGAGUGCCACGUUGAAUUCUCAAAAAUUUGCCAAUUAUUUUAAUACAACUACAAUAUUACAAAUUCCGGGUCGACAGUUUCCGGUGAGCGUGAAUUACAGCUUUGUACCUCAACCUGAUUAUUUAGAUGCUGUGUUUACUACGUCAACACAAAUUCAUGCAAAUCAACCGCCUGGCCAAGAUGAUAUUGAAAUUCUUGAAAAAUUAAUAACUGAAUACGACACGACUUUACCACCAGAUAAACUAAAGAUAAUUCCGUGUUUGUUAUUUGCGGCUCUUCCGACAGAACAACAAACAAAAGUUUUUGAUCCCUCUCCUCCAGGAACUCGUAAAAUAAUACUAGCAACAAACAUCGCCGAAACUUCUAUAACGAUAAAUGGCGUUAGGUACGUUGUAGAUACGGGAAAAUGCAAAAUGAAAAAAUUUAAUUCAAGAGUUGGAAUGGAAAGUUUAUCCAUAGAAAAUAUUUCAAAGGAUUCUGCUGAUCAACGGAUGGGUAGGGCUGGUCGUGAGGCUCCAGGGUUUUGUUAUCGUUUAUAUACAGAAGAAGAAUAUAAUAGAAUGGAAAAAAAUACUGAACCGGAAAUUAAAAGAUGCAAUCUUGCAUCGAUUAUCUUAUUAUUAAAAGCUUUUGGUAUCGAAAAUGUACUUGAAUUCGAUUAUUUAGAUGCUCCGUCAAGAAACUUAUUAAAAAGGGCUUUGGAACAAUUAUUUAUUCUAAAAGCGCUUGAUAACCAAGGUAAAAUAAGUGAUUUGGGAAGAAAAAUGUCAGAGUUUCCUCUUGAACCGGCAUAUGCUAAAGUCCUUAUCAUGUCAGAGCAAAUGUCUUGUACGCGUGAAGUAAUUAAUAUAGUUUCAUUACUUUCGGUUGACUCGAUUUUUUUUUCGCCUCAAGAUCAACGUGAUCAUGCAUUGGAUAUGAAAAAGAAAUUUAUAUCUCCUCUUGGUGAUUUGAUUACCUAUUUAAAUGUUUUACGAUCAUAUGAAACACAUAAAGGAAAUUUGGAUUGGUGCAAACAAAACUUUGUUAAUAAACGAAAUAUGAAACAUGUUAUUAAUGUAAGAAAACAAUUAAUACAAUUGUGUACAAGAAUGAAUAUUUCUCCUACAACCACUUGCUGCGAAAACUAUGAACUACUAUUGAAAUGUGUAUUAAGCGGGUUUUUUCGUAAUUCUGCUAUGUUACAACCCGGUAACAAUGGUUAUAAAGCUGUUGGGAGUAAUCAG